AUGAUUAUAGGUUCGUCCUCAAUUUGGCUUAGCCUCCUCUCCGCUAGCUCAGCAUGGGCCUCUACUCUGGCGCCUUCAGCUGGAGCAGGGGGAACAUGCCUUUCAUUUUCCGAAGGCUCAUCCCGCGAGAUCUAUACAAAAUGCUGUGGUCAAACGAAAUCUGGCAGGGGAUUCGUGGACGGAGUCCAGUUUUCCUACACUUGUGAGAGAUGGGCACUUCCCCGCGAGAACAAGAAACCGGAACGGCUUGCUGGUAGUGCAAAAGAUUGUGCGCGUCUCUGUGCUAAUGCUGGCGCUAACUGUCCUGCUGCGUCAUGGGCAGGGGGGAAGUGCUACUUCGUCACCUCUGAUGACUACUCGACUAAGGAGCAGCGGUCCAUGCUUUUGCUUGAGAAAACCAGGGAGCUGGUUUCGGAGCCUGAGCCUGAGUCUGCACAGGACUGCACGAAUAUGGUUGAUGAAAUCAAAACACAGUGCGAAAAAGAUGCCGCUUCCAAGUGCGAGACAGAGAAGACAGCACUGCAGAAAGAUUUGAAGAGCAGUUGUGCGGAACAAGCCCAGGCACAAUGCCAGAGCGAGAAGGAGGCUUCUUUGGAGAGAGCUCAUACUGAGUGUGAGGAGCAGAAGGCUGCUGCAAUGAGCCAGGCCUCCCAGGCCCAAACCGAGCAAUGCAACAAUGAAAAGGCUAGCCUGGCUAGUUCAUGCGAGGAGCAGAAGGCUGCUGCAAUGAGCCAGGCCUCCCAGGCCCAAACCGAGCAAUGCAGCAGGGAGAAAACCGCUUUGAUUAACUCGCAUGAGGAGUCCAUGAAGGAAACAGAGGCUACUUGCAAAGCGGACAUAGCCAAUCAGCUUGCAAAUACCGAAGCUAGGUGCACAGCCGAGAAACAAGCGCUCCAGAGCAGUCUCAACCAAGCCCGCUUGGACCUGGCAAACUCUGAAGCUCGACUAUCCGCAUUGAACGCUACUCACAAGACGAAAGAAUCGGAAAUUCAGAAGGCCCUUGAAAAAUGUACUAUGAGCUCGAAGAUUCCGGAGGAUCCCAGUGCCAAUGAUCCACUAACAAAGGCUUUCUCUGUUCUCCAACCACAGCCCUAUGGGAGCUUUUGUGACAGGUACAAUGGUCAGGUAUUCACAACCACAAGUGCCAACGGCAACACAGCCAAGUGGAAGGUGCAGUGCAAUCAGGGCAUCAAGGGACACCCUUGGAUAAAUAGGCCUUGCCCGAAUCAAUCGAUUGUCGAAAUUCUGAAGUCGCGCCAGGACAAUAAGGACUACCGUGGCUUGUUUCUUGAUUCUUGGAAUAACUGUCAUGAAGUCAUUCCUCAGUAUGGUACUUGGAAGGGACAAAUGUAUUUCAAAUUCCCUUAUGCAUUGCGCGCGUAUAUCGAGCGACAGGACUUCACAGAUUGA